AUUUUCAUAUUAGAUCUAAAUCAAGUGUGAUUUAGCUUAAUUUGAGUCGUUUUUUUACUUGAUCAAGGACUAAAAUCAUGUGUGGUUUUUGCUUGUUUUGGGUCUUUUUUAGCUUGUUUCCUGUAAUGGGUAUUGUGUAAUUGCUGGUGAGGUUUACUCAGUUGAGAUUCUUGUGAGUUUAUAGUAGAGUUGUAGGGGGGUUGACUGAUGUUCUAUUUGAAUCGAUUGAGCUCAAAAACCAAGUGUGAUUCAGCUUGUUUUUGAGUCUUUUUGACGGUUUCUUUUGUGGGUCUUGUGUAAAUUGCCGGUGGAGUUUACACAUUGUGAUCAUUCAGUUGAAGUUCUUCUGAAAAAGGUGAUAAAAAUGGUGGAUCUUAGUGAUAAAAUAAAUGAUCACUAGCUACCCUUUUCUUAUUAGAUCUAAAUCAAGUGCGAUCAGUUUGUUUUGGGUCAUUUUAGCUGUUUUGUUAAAUGGGUCUUGCGUAAUUGUUGGUAGAGUUUGCUCAUUGUGAUCAUUCAGUCGAGAUUCAUCUUUGUCAGGGUUUAGUUGUUGAUCUUUUUUCUUGAUCUCAAAAUCAAGUGUGAUUGAGUUUGUCUUCGGGUCUUUUUAGCGGGUUUCUUUUGUGGGUCUUGUAUAAUUGCUGGUGGAGUUUACACAUUGUAAUUAUUCAGUAAAAGGUGAUAAAAAAGGUGGAUCUAAGUGAUAAACAGGGUUUAGGAUCUGAAGAAAUGAGUAGUGAAACAAAUUCACUGGAAACUAGCCAAAGUAAUGUCAAGACUUGUGCUGAUUGUGGUACCACAAAAACACCUCUUUGGAGAGGUGGACCUGCUGGUCCUAAGUCACUAUGCAAUGCUUGUGGGAUCAAAAGUAGGAAAAAGAGAAGAGCCUUUCUUGGGUUGAACAACGAAGACAAGAAAUUGAAGAAAUCAGUGGCACUUGGACAUAAAAGCAUUGGACUACAGCACCAUUUGAACCAAAGUUGUAGCAGCAGCAGCAACAGUGAAGAUAGUAGAAACAGUAAUUUUGUAAAGAACAUUGUUUCUUCUUCAUUGAAAAAGAAAUUAUUACCUUUUGGUUUAGAAGUAGUUAUGCAGAGGCCAAGAUCAAGAUCAAGAUCUACUCAGAAGGGGAAGCUGGGAGAAGUAGAGCAAGCAGCAGUCUUGUUGAUGGCUCUUUCUUGUGGCUCUUUUUACACUCAGGGAAGAAUGAAAAUGGAAAAGGAAGGAAAGAAUGAGAAAUGUUGUACUCUGGGCAGUAAAAGUAGUACUUUGUGGGUUGGUUGAAUGAGUAGGUAUUCGUUUCAGUUCGGAGAGGUCUAGCUUGAUUUGAGAAGUGUUAAUUCAGUUUGGAAGACUAUGAGUAGUAGGUAGAAUUAUCAGAAUGAGAGCUUAAUCAAGUUGAGAGCUCUAUGUUUUCAUUUCAUUAAUUUUAUACUACUAUUUUAGUUCAUUGAUGAAGUUAUUUUCUAAUGUU